AUGCGGCUACUCCUCCUGCAAAUAUACCCGUUACUGUUCUUCUCGACGGGGAUCGAUGCAACGGGGAUCGGUAAGGCAUGGCAGGUCCUCCCGUACGGGACCGAUUACUGGAACCACCCAUCGUGGCCACGGUUAGACUCUUCCGCGUUCGAAGUUCGUAGCGUGAGCGGUGUUGGUCGUCUGGAUUCACCGGAAAACGCUCGAACGGGUCUAAAAUCUUUGUUACCCGCCGACCAACCGGACGAUCGAUUCGAACGAAUCACGGAAACGUCCCACGAUCGAUACGGGACUCGUGACGGAACGAACGACGCGGAGAGCAACGACAGAAUCUUCAAAACGGGGCUCAUGAUGACCCUGUUGCGAACAGCAGACGACACAGGGGAGAUCAUCGAUAAUACGGGGGAAGGUGUUUCGAGGGUUCGUCGGGACGCGGACAACGAGACGAAAAUGGAACAGAUCACAAGCACAAAGAACGUUCGAGAGGUUCGCCUCAGUUCACCGGAGACAUGGUCCUCUCAGCCGUUGUCCGUCGAGUUUCCUCAUCGCAGCGGUGUGGACCAGAUGAUCCAGCAGACCGUGGACGACGAGGACAUGCCGAACGCGAGAAGUUACCACGCACCGCGGGCUGACUUCGUCACCAGUCAUCACAGAAGAAGUUACGAUCAAAGGGAAGCCAGAGAUAUGCCUGUGACCAGAGGAUACGACGAGUACGACUUCCCGUGGUACAGGAACGCUCUGAGAGAACGGGAGUACGAUCCACCUAGCUAUCGUCGCGGAUACAGCUACUACUACCCAGAUCGUUACAGAAUGGAGAGGGACUACUAUAUGCGUCUGCCUCAGGAUUACUCGUACUACUACGACAGGUACAGAGACGAGGAUCUGGACCUUUACGGACGAAGCAGACCGACGCCCAAACCGAAGAGGAUCAUCUACUACGCGACCCUUCCGGAAAUCGUCCGUAAGCCUGUCGAUCUCAGAAACUAUCCCAGGGGCUUCGACACGACGAGAACACCGGUGUCGAGGGACGGGACUUACAAACGUAUCCCCGGGAACGUGGAUCCCAGCAGGUAUCGGUACAGACACCUGUACGAUGGCUAUGACUCGUACUCCAAGAGAUCGAGCUUCGAUCGACCUUACACUUACCCCGACGAGGAGGGUCGUCGCAAGGUGACGCUCGAGAGCAUACGGAACAACGAGCCGUUCGAUCAGAACAAUGACAGAAAGCUGGCUAGUCAGGUGUCGAUUAGGAACGAAGGAAAACUUCCCUGGCCGGUGCAGAUCGGGACGGAGGUCAGCGUUAAAGAUGACGAUAGGAUCCCUGGCAGGAAGAUCUUCGGCGAUGGCAACGGCUACGAGAGAUUUCAGAGCGCGCAGCUGCAGAAGGCGCCGGAUGCUACUGGAUCUAGCGAACUGCAAAGCGACAAUUGA